AUGUGGGAUAAAAAUGUGCGUAGGAGUGCUACUCGAAUGCAAGCUGACAAUGAAGAUUACGAGUUGAAGCAAAUGAGGGAUGUGGCUGCUGCCAAGAAGAGAUGGGAAGCUCUGGUUAGGGAAGGAAAGGUUAAAGCUUUAACACCAAGGGAAGCUGGGUAUGCAAUUCAGCUAUCUAACAAAACCCUUCUUGAUGUUCGCCCCUCUACAGAACACAAAAAGGCAUGGGUUAAAGGCUCAACCUGGAUUCCAAUAUUUGAUGUUGGUAAUGAAUUCGACGCUGGAACUCUUUCCAGAAAGUUCAUGAGUUUCACGAUGGGGGGUUGGUGGAGUGGUGUGCCUACAUUGUCUUAUAAUAGCCAGUUCUUGUCCAAAGUUGACGAGAAGUUUCCAAAAGAUACAGAUCUUAUUGUUGCAUGUCAGAAGGGAUUGAGAUCUCUAGCUGCUUGUGAGCAGCUGUACAAUGCGGGAUACAGAAACCUUUUCUGGGUUCAAGGGGGUUUAGAGGCUGCUGAAGAAGAGGAUCUUGUCAGAGAAGGCCCUCAGCCAUUUAAGUUUGCUGGAAUUGGUGGGGUUUCAGAAUUCCUUGGUUGGACUGAUCAGCAAAGAGCUGCAGCUGCCAAAGAAGGUUGGAGUUACCGAUUAGUGUUCUCUGCCCGGCUGGUUGGAGUCUUUCUCUUUGCCGAUGCCUUGUUUUUUGGUGCUCAGAAAGUAGCUCAUUAUCUUCAGGAUAUAAGGUCACAAUGA